AUGGGAAGCUCUCCUCCAUCCACUCCACCAUCAAGGGCCCCAAAGGAUGAUGAGCGGCGAUUGAAGGACAUUACCUCACCUUGCGAGUGGGUUGAGGACUAUCAUCCAGGUGGCUACCACCCCGUCCAUCUCGGUGAUGUCUUCAACGAUGGCCAGUACAAGGUCAUAAGGAAGCUCGGUGAGGGGUCCUACUCGACGGUAUGGCUGGCGCGAGACCUGAAACACAAUAUAUAUGUUGCUUUGAAGAUUCUCGUCUCUGAACUCUCAGAACCGACAAGAGAGCUGGAGAUCUUGCGCUAUCUCGCCAACACCCAGCCAGCGGAAGGGGGCCGGUAUAUCACGCAACUACUAGGCGAGUUCAAGCAUCACGGCCCCAAUGGUCUCCACAUGUGCCUUGUUUUCGAGCCUAUGGGUCCGAGCGUGAACUCCAUGGUCUAUGAACUGCCCCAGUUCAAACCGCGCAAGAUUUGGAUGAACGCCCUCGCAUUCCUCCACGAGAAUGGGAUCUCCCAUGGGGAUUUUCAGCCGGGAAAUAUGCUCUUUGCUCUUGAUGAUAUCAACUCAAAGCCCGAGGACGAGCUCCGACAGGAUAUGCAAGGCGAAUCCAUCUCACCCCCGGUACAAAGGCUAGACGGAAAAGAUGACCCAUGGGCUCCUCGCUAUCUCUGCGUCGCGCAGCCGUUGGCGUCCUACACCCCAUACGCGGACGGUUUCAAGAUCAAACUAUCCGACAUGGGCGGCGCAUAUUUCUUCGCCGACCCGCCCUCAAAAAUCAUCACUCCGCGCGGCCUACGGACUCCCGAGUCGGUCCUCACAGGGACUAUCAACAAGACGCUCGACGUCUGGAGUUUUGGCUGCCUUGUCUUUGAGCUUAUUACCGGAUUGCCUCUUUUCUGUAUACCAGGAACCGGGUUUGAGGAUGAUGAGCAUCUCCUCCAGCUCACGGCCCGCGGGGUUCCGGAAGGCAAAGAACCACUCAUGGUACAGGAAAAUUCAAUGGAGGAGAGUUUUGACGAAGCGGCGCCUGAGCUUGACGAAGAGGAAGCCUGCAGAGUGAAGGCGCUCAUUCGGCGGAUUUUGCAGUAUGAUCCGGCAAAGAGACCUUUGCCUGCUGAGAUCUUGCGCGAUCCUUGGUUCUGUGAAGAAGGCACCCCGCAGCUCCUCCGGAUGCGAAUAUAA